AUGUCAUCCGACUCGGCGAUCAUCCCGUUAAGCCAAAUGCCGCAACAGACUGGUAUUCGCACUCAGAAAGAUGACUGGACCGGUAUCGUCGAUCGAACCGAGCGGAGGAAAUUGCAAAAUAGGCUGAAUCAGCGGGCCUUUCGUUUACGACGACAACUUAAACAACAACAGCACCGUCAGAGAGCUGAAAUUAGGGACUCGGUCACACACAAUCCCUUCUCUCCCAAUUUGAAUGAGCUUCAAGACCGGUUCAGGUGUAUUGUUGGCGCACCCGAAAUGCCGCAGCUUAUGUUCCAGUUCGAGAGUGCGGCUUCCGACAGCUAUAGAGAAAGCUCGCCCAAUCUUGACCAUCUCCUCUCUCUACCCAAGAUCAAUGUCCAGCAUGCUAUCACCGACAAUAUUCGUUCAAUUGGAAUGACAAUGGAAUGGACAAAAAAAGACGACGCGAUCUCCAUAUUCAACGCACAUGUCCCGGGCUUCUCAGAUCUUCAUAUCCCCUUCGAUCUACAGCCAACCGAAGUUCAGAAGCGGGUUCCUCACCACCCCUGGUUGGACUUCUUUCCAUCUCCAACAUUGAGAGAUAAUCUCAUUGCGCUACAAGAUCGUUACUUGUCUGGGGACCAUCGUGGCAAACGACUAGCUGGGAAGUAA